AGAAAAAGGCUGUUUUUGUUUCCAGUGAGCUGCUGCGAAAAUGGCGGUGUCUCGUCGCUCAUCGCAGCAACAACAGCAGGGUAACCUGCAAUCUCCGCCACGAAACAGUUCUCUUUCUGUAAGUCCUCCGGACUCUCUGCCAAUUGAUCUUGUGGCAGCGACGUCAAUGCCCCCGGAUGGUGAGCGUGGAUGCAGUGCAGGCAUGGAGAAUCCUUCGGGCUCUCCGGAUCUUCCAGCCCCGGCCCUCAGCACUGGGAGCAGCACAAGCCCGACCACAACAACCUCCGGCGGGGAGAGUAGUAGUGUCUCGAGCCCCGGUUCAGGAGGCAUGAGCCCCGGCGACGGCAGUAGCGGGGCCGGGGGAGCUUUCAGGGAUCUAUUUGAGGCCUGUCGGAAUGGAGAUGUAUCCCGUGUGAAGAGACUUGUAGACUCGGUGAAUGUGAAUGCGAAGGACAUGGCCGGGCGAAAAUCUACCCCUCUGCAUUUCGCUGCAGGUUUUGGACGAAAGGAUGUGGUUGAGCACCUUUUACAGACUGGAGCUAAUGUGCAUGCUAGAGAUGACGGUGGUCUCAUUCCCCUUCACAACGCCUGCUCCUUUGGCCAUGCCGAGGUGGUCAGUCUCCUGCUGUGCCAAGGUGCAGACCCCAAUGCACGGGACAACUGGAACUACACACCUCUGCACGAGGCAGCCAUCAAAGGCAAGAUUGAUGUGUGCAUCGUACUCCUCCAGCAUGGCGCCGAUCCCAACAUCCGUAAUACGGACGGCAAGUCUGCCCUAGAUCUGGCAGACCCCUCUGCCAAGGCUGUGCUUACUGGUGAGUACAAGAAGGAUGAACUCCUGGAAGCAGCAAGGAGUGGCAACGAGGAGAAACUGAUGGCACUACUGACCCCGUUAAAUGUCAACUGCCAUGCCAGUGAUGGCCGCAAGUCAACAUCCCAAAAAAUGCUGUCCACCCCACUGCACCUGGCGGCUGGUUACAACCGCGUACGCAUCGUCCAGCUACUGCUGCAGCACGGGGCAGACGUCCAUGCCAAGGACAAAGGUGGCCUGGUCCCUCUUCACAACGCCUGCUCCUAUGGACACUUUGAGGUCACAGAGCUUCUUCUCAAGCAUGGAGCGUGUGUGAAUGCCAUGGACCUGUGGCAGUUCACCCCUCUCCACGAGGCUGCAUCUAAGAACCGUGUGGAGGUGUGUUCUCUGCUGCUGAGCCACGGGGCCGACCCCAACCUGCUCAACUGCCACAGCAAGAGCGCCGUGGACUUGGCCCCCACCCCCGAACUCAAAGAGCGGCUCACCUAUGAGUUUAAAGGUCAUUCGCUGCUCCAGGCAGCUCGGGAGGCAGACAUGGCCAAAGUGAAGAAGACUCUGGCUCUGGAGAUCAUUAGCUUCAAACACCCACAGACCAACGAGACAGCCCUGCACUGUGCCGUUGCUUCCCCUCACCCCAAACGGAAGCAGGUGACCGAGCUGCUACUGCGUAAAGGUGCCAACGUCAACGAGAAGAACAAAGACUUCAUGACGACUCUGCAUGUAGCGGCUGAGAGAGCACACAACGACAUCCUGGAGGUGCUGCAGAAACAUGGAGCCAAGGUAAAUGCGGUGGACACCCUAGGGCAGACAGCCCUCCACAGGGCAGCCCUGGCGGGCCACAUCCAGACGUGCAGGCUACUGCUGAGCUACGGGGCCGACCCGGCCAUCGUUUCCCUGCAGGGCUUCACUGCCUCACAGAUGGGUAACGAGGCCGUGCAGCAGAUCCUCAAUGAAAAUAUUCCAACUCGUAACUCUGAUGUCGACUACCGGUUUCUGGAAGCCGCCAAGGCUGGAGAUUUGGACACUGUGCAGCAACUCUGCACUCCUCAGAACGUGAACUGUCGGGACCUGGAGGGUCGUCACUCUACCCCUCUGCACUUUGCUGCAGGCUACAACCGUGUGGCCGUGGUGGAGUACCUGCUACAUCAUGGCGCUGACGUACAUGCUAAAGACAAAGGUGGUCUGGUGCCCCUCCACAACGCCUGCUCCUACGGUCACUAUGAGGUGGCUGAGCUGCUGGUGAGACACGGGGCAUCGGUGAACGUAGCUGACCUCUGGAAGUUCACCCCUCUCCACGAGGCUGCCGCCAAGGGCAAAUACGAGAUCUGCAAACUGCUGCUCAAGCAUGGAGCGGACCCCACCAAGAAGAACCGUGACGGCAACACUCCUCUGGACAUGGUGAAGGAUGGCGACACGGACAUCCAGGACCUGCUGAGAGGAGACGCUGCACUGCUGGACGCUGCGAAGAAGGGCUGUCUGGCCCGCGUCCAGAAACUCUGCAGCCCAGAGAACAUCAACUGUAGAGACACACAGGGACGUAACUCCACCCCCCUGCACCUCGCAGCUGGCUACAACAACCUGGAGGUUGCGGAGUAUCUCCUGGAGCACGGGGCUGACGUCAAUGCACAGGACAAAGGAGGCCUCAUCCCCCUGCACAACGCUGCCUCCUAUGGGCACGUGGACAUUGCUGCACUUCUGAUAAAGUUCAACACAUGUGUGAACGCUACAGAUAAGUGGGCCUUCACCCCGCUCCACGAAGCAGCUCAGAAGGGCCGUACCCAGCUGUGUGCUCUGCUGCUGGCCCACGGAGCAGACCCCAGCAUGAAGAACCAGGAGGGACAGACCGCACUGGACCUGGCUACGGCUGAUGACAUCCGUGCCCUGCUGAUGGAUGCUAUGCCCCCAGAUGCCCUGCCCAGCUGCUUCAAGCCCCAGGCCACGGUGGUCAGUGCAGGCUCGGUCAUCUCCCCAGCCUCCACGCCCUCUUGCCUGUCUGCAGCCAGCAGCAUCGACAACCUGGCUGGGCCCCUCAACGAGCUCGGGGCCACAGGGACCUCCGGAGUGGCCGACGGGGCCGCGGGCUCUGACAGGAAGGAGGGGGAAUUGGCGAUGUUGGAUAUGAACAUCGGUCAGUUCCUGAAGAGCUUGGGUCUGGAGCAUAUAAGGGAAAUCUUUGAGAGAGAACAGAUCUCUCUGGAUGUGCUGGCUGACAUGGGUCACGAGGAACUGAAGGAGAUUGGGAUCAACGCUUACGGCCACCGACACAAACUCAUCAAGGGAGUGGAGAGGCUGCUGGGGGGACAACAAGGUGCCAACCCGUACCUGACAUUCCACUGUGCCAACCAGGGCACGGUCCUCAUCGACCUAGCCCCUGACGACAAAGAGGGCCAAUCAGUGGAGGAGGAGAUGCAAAGUAGCAUCAGAGAACACAGGGACGGAGGGAACGCAGGAGGGGUGUUCAGCAGAUACAACAUCAUCAAGAUCCAGAAGGUGGUCAACAAGAAGCUGCGGGAGCGAUACACACACCGCCAGAAGGAGAUCUCGGACGAGAACCACAACCACCACAAUGAGCGCAUGCUCUUCCAUGGUUCUCCAGGUUCUCCGUUCAUAAAUGCCAUCAUCCACAAAGGCUUUGACGAGCGGCAUGCGUACAUCGGAGGAAUGUUUGGAGCGGGGAUCUACUUUGCUGAGAACUCCUCUAAGAGUAACCAGUAUGUUUAUGGCAUCGGGGGCGGCACCGGAUGCCCCACUCACAAAGACCGCUCCUGUUACCUGUGCCACAGGCAGAUGUUAUUCUGCCGUGUAACCCUGGGGAAGUCCUUCCUCCAGUUCAGUGCCAUGAAGAUGGCCCACGCCCCCCCUGGACAUCACUCUGUGAUUGGCCGGCCCAGCGUCAACGGCCUGGCCUACGCAGAGUAUGUAAUCUACAGAGGAGAGCAGGCCUACCCAGAGUAUCUCAUCACCUAUCAGAUCCUUAAGCCGGAGAGCACAGCCACGUCUGCUGCAGGAGCGGAGCAGAAGUCUUAGUCCUGCACCACCAGACCAAUCUCACACAGUUACUGAACACAGUCCUCCUGACCCACAACACACAAGACUGAAGCUUUUUAGUGUUUUGUCUCUGUGCUUUUUUGUUUUAUUGUAAUGUCUAAACUUUUUUUUUUUUUUUUUUUUCACAGCCUGAGUUCCAGUUCAAUUCUUCUUGUUCAGUAGAGUUAACAGUAGACUGCUCAGAUGACAUAUGAAGUAUACUGUAAUAUAUUAUCUCCUGCUUGUGGUGAUAGUUUUUCGGUUUCCUUUGCAUUGGCUGCAUGCAUAGACAGACGCAUGUAUGGCCCAAUAGCGUGUGUGUGUUCCCCACUAGCUACCCCUGGAGAGGGUUGUAGAGAUUCACCCUCUCGUCUGCCCUACAGUGUCAGAAUAUUAACAAUUAGCUACCAUUCUCACCUUAUCAUGCCUUGUGACUUGGAGAAUCACCUCUCUUCAACCCUGUUGUUUUCAACCAGAGUAUGUAACACCUGUAAUACUGGCCUGCCCCAGCCAUCCUUACAUACAUACAUACAUACAUACAUACAUACAUACAUACAUACAUACAUGCAUACAUACAUACAUGCAUGCAU